GAGUGCAAGACCUGCAGUCCAGCUAGAUCAGAUUGCAAAAGAUUGAUAAAGCUAGUUCAGUUAUUAGCAGUGAGGGAGUAUUGUCCAGUUUUAUGUGAGGGAGUAUUGUACUGUUUUAUAACAUUUGGAGGAUGUACUUCAGGCUGGUAGAAAUGAAGAAUGAGCAAAAGACCAGCUGAAGAAAUUGCCUCAGAACAUGGAGAUACAAACACCUGAAAUUUCCCUGGGAUAAUUAAGUGUUCGCAUCGUACCAGGUUUGCACGUCCAGUUCUAAUCUGACUGACUUGGUGCGAGGUUCUGGUGGGAUUUAGCCUGGUCAGAAGUGCAUUUUUUAUCUCUGCCUGUAUCAGCACCUGAAAAAAAGGGGGAGCAAGAGAUCCAGCAAGGAUGAAGAAAUUCAAAGGGGGUCUGUGUCCUUUGCUGAAGCUGAUGGAGUGGUAUUCUCCAGUGUUAGAGUAACACAAAGAAGGAGCAGCUGUGGUGGCUGAUGCCGAGAAUGCCUCAGUUUGGCUAACAAGGACACAGGGAAACAACAUAACACCUUUUUACUUCUGCAGCCUGGAGGAAGACACACAGAAAUUAAGGGAUUGGAUGAAAUCAAAAGGCUCCCACCCAGCUCCCUGUCAAUGACUCACUAAAAUGGAGCUUAGUGAGUGAUCAAGCUGUGAGGGGCCUCGAUCACACACUGGCCUGCCCUUCUGCUCUGGCCCUGCAGCUGGAGGCGCCGCCGGGAGCAUGAGUGUGGGAAGGAUCAAUAGCUACAGCAUCGUGUCAUCUGAGGAAGAGGGCCUGCGCCUCACUAACAUGCAUGGCAUGAAUGGCUUUGGCAAUGGAAAGAUUCACACCCGCCGCAAGUGCCGCAACCGCUUUGUCAAAAAGAACGGCCAGUGCAAUGUGCAGUUUGCCAACAUGGAAGAGAAGUCACAACGUUACAUGGCUGACAUCUUCACUACAUGUGUCGACAUUCGCUGGAGAUGGAUGCUGGUAGUCUUCACUCUUGUGUUUGUUGUCUCCUGGCUCGUCUUCGGUUUAGCCUUUUGGGUAAUUGCCUUGCUGCACGGCGAUCUUGAUAACCCAGCAGGAGAUGAUAACUUCACUCCAUGUGUUCUUCAGGUCAACGGAUUUGUGGCUGCCUUUCUAUUCUCCAUUGAAACACAAUCUACCAUUGGUUAUGGCUACCGCUGUGUGACCGAGGAGUGCCCAGUGGCUGUCUUCAUGGUGGUUUUUCAGUCCAUAGUGGGCUGCAUCAUUGACUGCUUCAUGAUUGGAGCCAUUAUGGCCAAGAUGGCGAGGCCUAAGAAGCGAGCACAAACAUUGUUGUUUAGUCACAAUGCAGUCAUUGCCAUGCGAGAUGGAAAGCUGUGCCUCAUGUGGAGAGUAGGGAACCUACGCAAGAGCCACAUUGUAGAGGCCCACGUCCGAGCGCAGCUCAUCAAACCUCGGAUCACUGACGAAGGGGAAUAUAUUCCUCUAGACCAGAUAGACAUUAAUGUGGGCUUUGAUAAAGGCUUGGACAGGAUUUUCUUAGUUUCCCCCAUCACUAUUCUCCAUGAGAUAGACGAGGAUAGUCCCCUGUUUGGGAUCGGCAAACAGGACUUGGAGACGGCAGACUUUGAGAUUGUCGUCAUCUUGGAGGGGAUGGUUGAAGCGACUGCCAUGACUACGCAGGCUCGCAGCUCCUACUUGGCCUCUGAGGUCCUUUGGGGACACCGAUUUGAGCCAGUCUUGUUUGAGGAAAAGAACUUGUACAAGGUGGAUUACUCUCACUUUCACAAAACCUAUGAGGUUCCGUCCACCCCCCGCUGCAGUGCCAAGGACAUGGUGGAAAACAAGUUCCUAGUCCCAAGCUCUAACUCCUUCUGCUAUGAAAAUGAGCUUGCCUUCUUAAACCGUGAGGACGAGGAGGGGGAUGUAGGUGGUGGAGGAAGGGCACUGUCAAACCUAAGUCCAGAUCGAAACAGCAGACAUGAGUUUGAACGCCUUCAGGCCACAAGGUCGUUGGAUCAAAGAUCCUAUCGUAGAGAGUCGGAAAUAUGACCUUUAUGGAUUGACCAAGGGUCAAAUUCAAUAACUUCAUCCAAGGGUAAUAAUGCAGAACAAUGCAAAGUGCCAUAGGAAAAGCUGACUACUGUGAAAGGAUGGAAAAGAAGGGACGUACACAGCUUAGAGAAAUGUGAUAAAGAAUGUCUACAAUCAAGGAAAAGGCGAAAGAAAGACCUUCCUUAACAGCAACUUGAAUCUUUUUCACAUGGUCAUUUUAAGUUGAGUGUUGAAUGAAAGCAAACCGGCAGACAAAACAACAAUGACAAACUUUUAGUCAAAUCUUAGAUGUAAAUAUAUUGCUUAGGUAAGUUAUGUUUUGUGUGCAGUAUCACUUUAUCAAAACAUCUCUGAAAGUAGAAAUUGUUUUUUCAACUUGUUCUUGAGCACAAAUAAUAGUGUUACAAGGCUACUCUUAAGCUCUCCUCGCAUUGCUGUAAUUUGCUGGACAGGCGUUCAGUGACACAGUGAAAAUUUGUGCACCACAGCAUUCAGAUGCAAUGAGCCAUGAUAAAACAUCUGACCAUGAGCCUCUGAGAACAAAGUAAUUUAACCCUUCUUUUAUGUAUGGGUUUAAACACCCAGCGAUUAAUAUAUAGAGAGCAGGCAAAAUGUAUUGCACUAUAAGAUCAUUACGGAUAUUGUUGAAGAUUAAUGAAUUAGACACAUUCUAUUUAUUAUCUCUUAAUGCCUCUUUUUUUUAAACUUAUUCUUCAAAAACAUCCUAAAGGCCACCAACACAAUUAUUUGCCUUCACUUGUCUACACAUAUAAUUUUGUGAACAAAUAUGAUAUAAUAAUGUUUUAUUUCAUAAUAAUUAGGGCUGUCAUUAUUGACUAGUUAAUUUGAAUAAUUAAGGUCUGAAAUGAAUACACUUAUUUUUUUCAAUUGCAAUUGACUAAUGCUAUUUUGUCCAAACAUUUCAGUUUUUUACUGCCUCUUUAGCUGUUUUUCAUUUAGUUUUUGAUCCAUAACAAGUUUUUUUUCCCAUGGCUGCGUUAAUGUCGUAACCUUUAAUCUAUCAGAUGGUCCUUAUUUUAUUUCAAAAUAAAAGCAGGGUUGAAUUCAAACAGCAUGUAAAGUACUCUCAGCUUAAGACAUUAGAA